AACAUAUCUCUCUCUCUCUUCGUUUGAAUGACCAAUGAAAGUUUGUGUAUUCUAACAAACAUGAUCUGAAAUCUGAAAACCAUGCUUGAGCUAAACAAUGACAACAAUAAAGACAAUGUAGAUUCACACAUUGCGAUCAUCUUCCUACAUUUUCCAUAUAGCAAUUAAUCUCACCUUCAAAAAUGGGAUUCUUCAGCGGCAUGAUCAUUGGUAUUGCGAUUGGUAUCACAUUGAUCAUCGCUUUCGCUAAACAAGAAAGCACCCGAUCCAAGCGUCGCACCGAUUUGGCGAAGACGAUAGCAAAGUUUGCGAGGUUAACGGUGGAAGAUUCUAGAAAACUUCUACCUGAAAAUUUUUAUCCGUCAUGGGUGGUCUUUUCUCAGAAACAAAAAUUGAGUUCGUUAACUUGGCUUAACAGUUUAUUAGAUAAGAUUUGGCCUUUCGUCGAUGAGGCAGCAUCAGAAUUGAUAAAAAACAAUGUUGAACCUAUUCUUGAACAAUAUAGACCGUUGAUUUUGUCGUCUCUCACAUUUUCCACAUUGACACUUGGUACUGUUGCUCCACAAUUUACAGGAAUUUCAAUUGUUGAAGAGGGUAGUGGGCCUACUGGAGUGACAAUGGAGUUUGACAUGCAGUGGGAUGGCAACCCCAAUAUUGUUCUUGACAUUAAAACCAGAGUUGGUGUUGUAUUGCCUGUGCAGGUAAAAAAUAUUGGAUUCACUGGGGUUUUCAGGUUGAUCUUCAAACCUCUAGUAAAUGAUUUUCCUGCUUUUGGAGCUGUUUUAUUUUCCCUAAGAGAAAAGAAAGCUCUUGAUUUUACUCUUAAGGUUAUUGGUGGUGAUAUUUCAGCCUUACCAGGGGUAUCUGAAGCUAUAGAGGAAACCAUUCGAGAUGCCAUCGAAGACUCUAUAACUUGGCCAGUACGCAAAAUUAUACCAAUUAUACCAGGAGAUUACAGUAACCUGGAACUGAAACCUGUUGGAACACUAGAUGUAAAACUAGUGCAAGCAAAGAACUUAACAAAUAAAGAUUUAAUUGGGAAAUCUGAUCCUUUUGCUGUCGUAUUUGUACGUCCACUUCGCGACAGAACCAAAACUAGUAAAACAAUCAAUAACCAGUUGAAUCCAAUAUGGAAUGAGCACUUUGAAUUCAUUAUUGAAGAUGCAUCAACACAACACUUGACCAUAAGAAUCUUCGACGACGAAGGAAUUCAGGCAGCUGAGCUUAUUGGUUGUGCCCAAGUUUCCCUAAAGGAACUUGAACCUGGUAAAGUCAAGGUUGUAUGGUUGAAAUUAGUUAAGGAUUUAGAGGUCCAUAGAGAUAACAAAUACAGGGGUGAGGUGCACUUGGAGCUCUUGUACUGCCCAUAUGGAGUUGAGCACACUCUUAAGAGCCCUUUCCACACUGAUUACUCAUUAACCACGUUCGAAAAGACUCUCAAGAGCGACACAGAGGAUGAUGAUAUUUCAGCAGCAUCAUCACGAAGAAAAAGCAAUGUAAUUGUAAGAGGAGUUCUAUCGGUCACUGUAAUUUCAGCUGAAGACUUACCGGUAGUCGAUUUAAUGGGCAAGGCUGACCCGUUUGUUGUCCUUUCAUUGAAAAAAUCGGAAAAAAAACAAAAGACAAGAGUUGUAAAUGAAAGUCUAAAUCCAGUUUGGAAUCAAACAUUUGACUUCGUUGUAGAAGAUGGCUUACACGACAUGUUAAUUGUUGAACUUUGGGAUCAUGAUACAUUUGGCAAGGAAAAAAUGGGUAAAGUGAUCAUGACACUAACCAAAGUCAUCUUAGAAGGGGAAUACGACGAAACAUUUGAUUUGGAUGAUGCUAAAUCCGGAAAGAUUAAUUUGCAUUUAAGAUGGGCUGCACAACAUAAGUACCGUGACCCUUAAUAUAUUGUUCAACCCAAAUCGCUUUAGUAAUCUAAUGUUUGAUAUUGAUUAGUCAAGUUUAUGACACAAUCACAUGAUCUUAGAAAAAUUGUGGUGAAUAGUUCAACUGUGUGUUGAAUGAGUAAACAUCAUCUUCAUUUUUUUAAA